GGUGGUCAGGGCACCUCCGGAGACUUCGUGGCCGAGUCCGCGCUAGACUCCUCACGCGGGGGCAAGGCGAUCGAUUCGGAGACCUACGACGAGAUCUACAACGACCCGGAGGUACAGGCGGCGCUAGAGGCCGGCAACGACACGCAGGCGCGCUCCUUCAUCAGGAACAAGCUGUGCUUCCUCGGCCUGGUGGACGUGAGUGACCGGUGCCACCCGUCGGCGAUCCUCCCGUCGUACGGGCCGCCGCAGAGCAGCUACGGCGCGCCGAAGCCGGCGUACCACCCGCCGCCGAAGGGCGGCUACGGCCCGCCCAAGGGCGCGUACCCGGCGCCGAUCAACAGUCACUACACGCCGCCGAAGGCGCACCACGACAUCCACCGGGACGGGCCGGUCCGCCGGCGCCCAGUGCAGGAGCAUCACCACACGCACCACCACACGCACAUCGAGCCCGGCCGGCCGGGCAAGGCCAUCGACGUCAGCCUGCCCGUCUAUCCCCCCACCUACACGCCGCUGCUGGCCGGCGUCAACCGCGGCCCCGAGCUGGGCAUCGCCUCCAUCAACAGCGGCGCGUUCGUCAACUCCAACCUCGGCCCGGGGGUCACGAAGAUCGCCAACCGGCCGGUGUCGGGCGGCCUCGGUGGCGGCGCUGGCCUCACCAACCCCACGCUCGCCGGCGGCUUCGGCGGCGGCGGCGCGGCCAGCCUCGGCAGGCCCGCCAGCGGACUCGGCUCGCUCUACUACCGCGAGAACUGCGUGUGCGUGCCGCGCUACGCGUGCGACGCCGUAGACGUGGUGUCGGCGCGCGCUGGCCGCGGCACUGUCGACCUUAGCGUCAUCAGUCCGCGCGCCAACUUCCGCAACGGCAGCGCACUGGCGCGCGUCGCCAAGAGUCUCGACGGCGACGAGAUCCUGGCCCAGGUCAAGGCCGUCAUCUCGGAGGAGAAGCAGGACGUGUCUGCAGCGGCCUCGGGGUCGGAGACGGUGUCUCGCACGAGACGUGCGACGCUGACGAAGCCACAGGAGACCGAGGCCCGCCAACUGAGCCGUCUUAGCUCGCAGCCGACGCCCGAGGUGCCCGAGGGUAGACAGCUUGUUACCGACGCACAGGGGCGCCAGUUGGGCUACCAGCCGAACCAUCGCGGCUGCUUCCAUACGGACGUCUGCUGCCGGAACCCGAUCCCCAUCGGCUCGCAGGGCAGGCAGCAGCCGGGCAGCUGCGGCGUCGGUCGUACGGACGCCGUCAACGGACGCAUCAAGAACUAUGACGUCAGGGAGGGAGAGACCGUGUUCGGUGAAUUCCCGUGGCACGUGGCCAUCCUGAAGAAGGAGGGCGCCGACAACGUGUACGUGUGUGCCGGCUCCCUGAUCGGCACCGAGUACAUCCUGACGGCCGCCCACUGCGUCAAGAGUUACGAUCCGUACGCGCUGCGCAUUCGCCUGGGUGAAUGGGACGUCAACCACGAGACCGAGUUCUAUCCGCACGUAGAGAAGGACGUGUCGGGCAUCUACAUCCACCCGGAGUUCUACGGCGGCAACCUGCACAACGACAUCGCCAUCCUGAAGCUGGCCAGCCCCGUCGACACCGUGUACAAUCUGCACGUGGGACCGGUGUGCAUCCCGCCACAGUACGCCGACUUCACCAACCAGCGUUGCUGGACCUCCGGCUGGGGAAAGGAUGCCUUUGGAGACUUCGGCAACUUCCAGAACGUGCUGAAGAAGGUGUCCGUCCCAGUGGUGGGCAACUACGAUUGCGAACAAAAACUGAAGCGCACGCGGCUCGGCUACGACUUCCAGCUGCACAGUGGCUUCCUGUGCGCCGGCGGAGAGGAGGGCAAGGACGCCUGCAAGGGAGACGGCGGCGGACCGCUUGUGUGCGAGCAGGCCGGCUCCUACUACCUCGCCGGCAUCGUGUCCUGGGGCGUCGGCUGCGGCCAGCGAGACGUGCCCGGCGUCUAUGUCAAGGUGAACGAGUACCUGCCCUGGAUUCAGUCCAUCACUGCGUACCGGCCGUACACUGGCAUCCAGGCGCGGAGUAGGAAGAGGGCGGAGGGUAUCGAGGCCGAGGACUACAUCGAAGUGAUCAAGGAAUAGAUGCCGAUUCGCAAAAGAGGCUGUUGUACCAAACAGAAACUCUCGCACGAAGCGUCCAUCGCUCCGAAGGGCGAGAGUGAGAGGACAGUGCGACUACAGUGUGGCGACAGAGUGACUGCAGUGGGUGACAGUGUGACUACAGCGACCUGCGAAUGGUCGCCGACGGCCUGGACGCAGACGUCCGGAUCGCCACCGACCGAUGACGUGUGGGAGAUUUCAUAAAGUUCGCGAUCAGGCCUCUGCUCCAGGCCGGCCACGCCCCGCGACCAUGUCGGACUGCGACUAAAUCCACAAAGAGGCCAAACAUUCCUUACGUCUUCCAUAAUAUAAGUUGUACACCUGAAGUCUUUGUUCAUGGUCUUUCCUGCUAGGUGACGUGCAAGACGAAUCUGUCCGUUUCCAAGGCUCGCGUUCCGUGUUUCCCUGCGUUGGAUGUCACCGACCGUCUGACGUCGCGGGGUCGCGGCCCCAGUUGACUCCAUGACCUCAACAUGUGCAGCGGCCGAGACGGCGGCGCGCGGCCGUCACCAUUGUUGAAUGUUUGCUUCGAAAGGAGCACAAUGUAGUGCACAUUGUAACACUAUUUAUUGUACGCGAUUCAGCCGUGAACGCCGUGUAAUAAACCUGACCCCGAGCA